AUCAGCAGGAGCGACAAAGACUGGCAGUGUGAGACGUCUGACAAAAGAAGCUCAGAGGCAGCUAACAUUGCUGCUGGAAAUGUCGGCUUUAUACCUGGAGUGUAUAGUAUCACUGAGAAAAGUCUGAGGCCAUUGCUUACCCGGCUCGGUAAGUGAAUGGAAAGAAAAAGACACAAGAUCAGCAUAGUCAUCCUCCUGCCUUACUAGCUGUGGAUAGUAAACCGACAGCUAUGGUUGUGAGCACAGGAAAUUAUAAAUGGAUGAUGAAAAGGUAACUUUGCCUCUCACUGUUCAUCUGCUGGCCAGUUCAGGAAGCACGUUAUCAAUACAACAAGCCGUUGACCAGCUUUUGCACAGAGUAUGUCCAGAUAUCCAGCUUUUUCUUGUAUCAGAGCGGCCAGCUCUGACCAACACAGUCGAGUCUCCUAGAAAAAGGAUUGGAUUCCCAGGGAUCUCUGUGACACUUUUUCUUCGUGACGACUUGGGUCAGGAAAGAGUAUCUGUACUGCGUGGCUUUUUACAGCUACAUCCAUGGAACCGUGUGCACAUAGAAUCCAAGCAAGUAAGAACAUGUGCUUUCAGCCAGUCUACUGCAGAUUACUACUGUCUCGAUCUACACAUGCCGGUGUGGGGAAUAAGACAGGUGCACUAUGGCAUGGAAAUUGUAAGACUUACCUUGUAUUGUAGCUUUGAUAACUACGAGGAUGCUGUACGACUUUAUGAAAUGAUUCUUCGAAUGGAGGCAAUUACAGAGAAACCAGGAUUCUGCUUCUUUACACUGUAUUCCACGAAGUACACAUCUGUUCAGUUCUCUUUAAAACAACUACCCCCUGGGAUAUCUGUGCAAGUAAAAGACAGAUGUGCCCUUCAGUUUGGCGUUCAGGCAAUAGGCCAGCUCGUUCCUUUGCUGCCCUACCCAUGCAUGCCCAUUAGUGACACAAGAUGGCAGACACAAGACUAUGAGGGGAACAAAAUCUUGUUUAUGGUAAUUACUUGCAUUUCAGCCUUACAAAAUUUUAAGUUAUCAAAGUCUUUGCCAAAUCUAGAGCGGAGUCCGUGGGUCUGUCAUUUGUGUAGAGAGCAUCAUAUUUCAUCCGUUACUGAAAACACUGUGGCAAAUUUGGGUCAUCGUGACAGCAGAAUGGCUAGAGUAUCACAUGUAACUCCAAGUGCUCGGCAGAAAACAUUCAUGGGACGUCUCCAAAAAAUGGGGCAUGAAAGGCUACCUGUAUCUGAAGAGGUGAAAUUCAAACAAGUUUUUAACUUGGCCUGCAACAUCUCAGAUCAAAAUGAAAAGACUUGUGAUCAAAGUGAAAAUGAUCUCCAGAAACCAGUGCCAAGACACAGUGUGCAAUUGAAAGAGACCGAGACAAAUGUAGACACUGGAUGUACAGUCAUUAAACUAAGAGAGCAACCUAUUUUUGAUCACAAUUUCACAGGCCUUCAGGACUUUUUUGAUGGCAGGCACUUCUGUACCACGGGUGAAAAAGAACCCCUAGACAUGUUCUCUAAACCACAUGGCUCUCUAUCCCCUAUGUCUGUCAAAAGUAACACAGAAUGUGGGCUGGGCACCCAGUGCAUUAAAUUGGAGAGAUCAAAAGUAGACGAUAGCAACUACAGAGUACAGAAAGAAGAAUUCUUCAUUUGAAAUGAGUCAAUACAAUAUUUCAAUUCUCAGAGUUUCCUAUAAAAUGGUUCGUUAAUGAUUCAUUUUCUUAGGCUGUCUAUUCACAGGAUAUGUAGUUCCUUUUACAUUAAAUACUUCUUACGUUA